AUGAAAAUAAAUUAUUUGCUGAUAUUGAGUAUUUGCUUGCUUGGAUUUUGCAUCUCAUAACAAACAAAAUAAAAAAAUAAAUUAGAUUUUGAUGAAUAUGAUCAAUAUAAAUUAAUUAUAACCUAUGAAUAACCAGAUGAAGAAGUGGAAGACGGAGAAAAAGAAGAUGUUGAAAACUUGAUUAAGCUAAAUGAAAAUUCUAUGUAAUCGGAACUAGAUAAAUCCACCAACGAAUUAAUUAGUUUUUAUUCAAAUCCAGAAAAUGGAGAAAGUGGUCAAUGCUUUACUAAUAUGAUUUCUAGCUGUAAAGACUCUAAUCAACUAUGUAUAGAGAAUUUACUUGAUUAAAUGAAAUGUCUUACUAAUGAAUGUUAAUUAUAAGUACCUUAAGCUUCUUAAUAUAAGGACUGUAUACUUAAUUAUUGCAAAUCUCACUAAAAUAUAGUUUAAUAGCAUAAUUCUUAAGUUUACAAAUGCUUGCUUGCGAUAGAAAAAUAAAAUAAUACUUAAUAAUCUGGUAAAACUGAUGAUGAUGAAUAAAAUAAAACUAAAGAAAAUCAAGAUGAAAAAAAAUAAGAAAUUAAAGAAGAAAAAUAAAAUAAUACUUAAUAAUCUGGUAAAACUGAUGAUGAUGAUGAAUAAAAUAAAGCUAAAGAAAAUCAAGAUGAAAAAUAAAAUAAUACUUACUAAUCUGGUAAAACUGAUGAUGAUGAAUAAAAUAAAACUAAAGAAAAUCAAGAUGAAAAAAAAUAGGAAAUUAAAGAAGAAAAAUAAGAAAAUUAAAUAGAAAAAGAAGGAGAUAAAACAAAUAGUAACAGUGAAAACGAUUAAAAUGAAAAAAACAAUCUUACAAAUAAUACUGAUUAUAAAUCUUCUUCAUGCAAGUUAUAAAUGAUAUUACUAUUAUUAGUGUCUAGUAUAUUGUUAAUUUGA